UGCUUGAAUACCCAUUAUACCCUCCUCCACGCACAUACAGAAAGCAUUCUCACUCUGUCUCACCAUAAACAGUCGUCCAUUGUUCAGACCUACAACAGAACAUCACAAUGCAAACAGCAACACCACUGCCCCACUCUCCCUCUUCCUCUUCCCCACCAGCAGACCACCCGCCGCCUCCUCCGCCGCCGUCGUCAUCUCCAGCAACCCCAGACUUCUCCUUAACUCUAUCUGCACAGCCAACCACCUCCUCCCCUUCCACCUCCUCUUCCUCCCCCUCAACUCCCCAGCACCAAAGAGACCUCCGUCUCUUCCCCUGCCUCUUCUGCAACAAAAAAUUCCUCAAAUCCCAAGCUCUCGGCGGCCACCAGAACGCCCAUAAGAAGGAGCGAAGCGUCAGCUGGAACCCUCACCACCUAUAUCUCACGCCACCGCCGCCGACGCCGCCUCCGCCUACUUUUUUCUCCUCCCCGGUGUCGCUCCCAAUCGAAUCCCAUGGAUGUCGGUCUUCGGCUGUAGUCGGCGAGGCGGCCGGUUUCUUUGGGGUCCAUAGUGGUGGCGCCGCCCGCUUUGGUGAUGGUUAUGGCCAGCAUUUAUUUGUUCCUGCGCCGGCGGGGGAUGCCACAGACGGAUGCGAGACGAUGGAUUUUCUUAAUUGGCAGAGGGGAUCUGUUCUCAAUCAAUGGCAGGCAAAUGAGGAAGUUGCUGCCGAUGAGGAAGAGGACUCACAAGUUGAUCUUUCUCUAAGGCUUUGAUUUAGGAUAGGAGGAGGACACGUGCGGAUGAGAACAUUGGCAGGACCGCGCGGAGAGGAUAGGCUCGGAAUGGACGGUUCUGAUGAGUGUUAUAUUUGUGGUGGCUGAAAUUUCGUUUACUGCGCAUUUUUGGAUAUUUUUUAUAGGCUUGAUGUGAUGAAGCUUUCUGAAUGGGGGACUUUUUUAGAUUCCAACAAUCAAUCAUUGCCCUUUCAACUCCAA